AGGCAAUUUAUUUUUUCUUAUUGAGUUUUUAAGAGCUUAUGAUAUAGGACUAUGCCCCCUGACUUGUUUUCAUCUAUUCCAACUUACAUCAAUGCAAUGGUAGCAGUUAUACCAAAGGGACAAGGAUAUCUACAAUAUGAGAAAAACAUAUUUUACCAAAUGGCUGGAGCUAGUGGUUUUGACAGCAACAUUAGUUUAUGGCGUGCUAUCAGGCUGUCCUAAAGGCUGUCAGUGUGAGGGACACAAUGUACAGUGUCAUAAUCUCGAAUUGGAAAGUGUACCAAGUUACCUUACAGAGACUACACAGUGCCUUAAUUUAUCAAACAACAAUAUAAGGAAUCUCAGCGACUAUUCAUUCCAAAACCUUAUCAACUUAACAACUUUAGAUUUGAGUCAUAACAACAUUGAAACAAUUGAAGAACAUGCGUUUAAUGGACUACACAACCUAAAAAAUCUGGAUUUAAAUGAUAACUUCCUGACAACAGUUCCAGCGCUGGCUUUCAAGGACAUUCCACAGAUAUCAAAACUUAGAAUGCAUGGAAAUAACAUUCACAAAAUUAUUCCAAUGUCAUUCUUAAGCAAUACACAGUUGGCGGAACUUGACCUUAAUGGUAAUGCGAUUGAAAGAAUAGACUUGAAAGCUUUUAAGGGACUCGGUAACAUUAAGAGUCUUUACAUACAAGACAAUAAUCUGAGAGACAUUCCAUCUGAACAAUUUAAAGAAACACCAAACCUUCAGCUGAUUAAUAUAUCAUCAAAUCCAAUUGAGAGAAUUCAAGAUGAGCCCCCAUUCAGGCAUACCCCACAUUUGCAAUUUCUUUUCAUGAACAAUGUUAGUGUAUUUUGGAAACAGGACAACAUUUCCGAACACAUAUUCGAGAAUUUAAACAAUUUAACAACUUUAACCUUGGACUACAAUGACCUGGCAUUGGUACCUGAUUAUGCAUUAUCACCAUUAGAAGACAGUCUUCAGUCUCUAAGCCUCAAAGGAAACUGGAUGUGGACCAUCUUUGAGGACUCAUUUCAGAACUUGACUAAUCUUGUAACACUCAUACUGAACAAUGCAAAUAUUGAAUACAUAGACGAUUUUGCCUUUGAUGGAUUAAGUAAACUGAAACAUCUGGAUUUAAGGGAUAAUGAAAUGACACGCCUUGACCCAGAACUUGUAUUUCAGCCUGUUAAUCAGGCUGAGAUUUUACUAGAGGGGAAUCCAUGGGCUUGUAACUGUGGGGUAAAGGAGCUCCAAAGUUGGGUACAAAACAGGACUCGUGCUCCUAAUAUUAUAUGUGUUGAGCCUCCAGAGUUGUUCAAACGAACCCUUAGGAGCAUCCCUAAAUCAAUGUUGUAUUGUGUUGGACCUCUCAUCCUUAACAAUCAUGGCCCAGUAAAUGAAAUACAGACAACAUUGGGAGGAAAUGCAACAAUCAGAUGUGACGUGUUUGGAAUACCAUAUCCAGACAUUAGCUAUGUGGAGCUUAAAGGCGAUCCAAUGCCAGACGAUCGAACACUAAUAAGCGAUAAUAGACUUCUGAUAACAAUCACAGAUGUACAUAAAUCGGACGAGGGAAUAAUCGGGUGUAUUGCCAGUCACCCAGGUGGCAGUGCUGUUGCCAUCUAUGAAAUAAAGAUUAAACGAGAAGAAGGCUUCACCACACAGAGUAUCGUGUAUAUUUUGGCGGCAGUACUGUCCACAUGUCUGUUGGUCAUAGGCGUACUCUUCACUGCAAGACUUAUACAUGCAAAACGAUUGGCCGCAAAUCCUCAGGCAAAUGAGGGCAACAGUAAUGAAACUAACGAAACAGUUCAGGACACAAAUGAAUCAAUGCAAGACAUAGAUGUACCCUCCAGUACAGACAGUGGGGAAAUACAACACAAUAGAAACAGAAGGACAAACAGGUAUGUCCCAGACCCUAUAGAAGUGAACUCAUUAUCUGAUGAGCCUGAUGUGGUCAUUAGUCAUAUACCACUUGAACCAAGAAGUCCUCAUGAUAAUACAUAUCUUGUUCAAAACUCUAUUGUAUCUACACCUGAUUGGUCCAUUGAUCAAAAUACCACUAGAUCUAGUGAUAAUUUAAUCAAUGAAUCCAUGGGUCAAGAAAGAAACAGAACUGCUUCAUUUAUGGACAAUAAUGACAAUGCAAUAUGUAUCACACAUAUCCCAAAUGACAAUCAAAUGAACAUUAUACCAAGCACUAUGCAGUCUAACCAACAACAGGGUAACGUAACAAAGACUAAUGAUAAUGCUCAUAUUGAGCAUGAACAUGAUGACGUCAAAGUGGAAAGACUGAGAAGGACAAUACAUACACGUAGAUUGCAUGGCCCAAUGACUAUGGUUCAUGGAGAGACAGCAGAAACGCUUGUGUGACACAAAUAUAUACAGUAAAAUCAAAACAGGUACAUUAAUCUCAACUAAUUAGAACUAAAUUAAAUACAGCAAGAAUAGGUUACUAGAUAGAAUGUAAAACAACUAUGGGUGCAAUAGGACUUGUGACAUACAUCAUAUAGCGAAUAGUUCUUAUGUUUUGCAUCAAUUAUAUUCUCUGUUUGUUACAAGUAUUUAGUCGAAUAUAAAGUACAUAUUCACAUCAAUUAUAAUUUAAAAUAUAUUAAUGACAUGCUCUCAACUUUAACUUAAUGUUAAAUAAUUUAAAGUUCAUGUCAUGUUUUUUGGAGAUUAUCUGUUACGUUGGCAUCGGCAACAUCCUUUUGUAAUAUAAUGAGUCAUGUAUAAAAAGGGUCGCUAACAGCUGAGAUAUUUUUCAACUUAUUUUCUCCAGCAUUUAUGU